GCAGGAGCGGGAGACGCAUCACCGACCGCGCCUCCAUUCAGUCCUCUCACGCCCAAGACCGAGCCCGCCUUCCCAGCGCCUUACCCUUUGCCGGCCCAAAAUGGGCUCAGCAACGGCGCAGGUCCCAACUCGAUGCCACGAAACCACCCACUACCUUUUUCCAGCGAUGAUUCAACGGAUGCGAUAGCACUCAGAGCGGCAAUCUCUACAUUGCAGUUUCAGAGAAGGAAGGCGCAAGAGGACAUCAAGACGCUGGAUGGGAUUCGCAGACGCGCAUUGGAGGAUCCCGACUUCUUCAAGUCUGAGCUCGUUGCGGGGAGGUUGAAAGAGGAGAAGCUGAGUCUGGGCGACUUGCGGGCUCUGCUGGACUCAAACAGCGACGAUGACGAGGACGAUGGAGACGGGGAAGAUAACGAGCAGCAAGAUGACGACGGCAGAGGGGAAAAGCAGGCGCCCUUCGACCGCAUCCCCGGCCCGCAGAAUGUCGUGCGCAUGCCUCACAUCAACUGGGAGAAGUACCACAUUGUGGGCGAAGCGCUGGAUCGGAUGCACGACGUGCAGCGCAAGUGGCCCGGCACGACGUUUGCAUAUGGCCAGCCGCGCGGGCGAGAGUUUGCGGUCAUGGCGCCUUAUAAUCCCUGGCAGGAUCCUUUGGCUCCGCAGACUGGUACUAAGAGGGACAGUGGCAUUGCGUCGGGGGCUGCGAGACAGGGAUCGAUUAGUGAGCAUCCUAUGUCGACGAGGAAGGGCUCGAAGCAGCAGCAGCAUCGUUAAGGUGUGAUGGUAAUGAGGUUAAUGAUACUAUGAUGAUAGACACUCUGAUAUGUGUCCUUUGUGCCGUGCGCGUUACGUUUCGAUUUGUCGCCCUCUCGCUCUUACUGUAAAGUAUCAAUGACGCGGCUGAGCUUUUGCGCACUCAAGUCUACACCACCCUGGCCUCCAUAUUAUUACAACGUUAAAAUCUCACAAUCCCAUGCUCCCAGAUCACUUGCACAUUUAAUGUCAAACCGGCCCAAAAGAGGGCAAGCCGCACCCGCACCUCGAUACCUCCACCCAGACGAAAACGUCCAGUACUG